UUUUCUUAAAUGAUUCUUCCUUUUUACUAAACUCAUUGAAAUUCCAAUGUCGUCCUCCAGCUACCUGCAUCUCUUUCAGUUGUGUUUCUUUCUCGCCAUAUCAACUUGUGUAGCUCAAACCACUUUUCAUCCUAAGACUUUAUUCCUUGCAGUUAAGAAAGACCCUUCCACUCUACAAUACAUCACUAAAGUUCACCAAAGAACACCUCUUGUCCCCCUUAAACUAGCCGUCCAUCUUGGCGGCGAAAGCCUAUGGGUGGAUUGUGAACAAGGCUACAAAAGCUCUACAUACAAGCCAGCUCGUUGCAAUUCAAGGCAAUGUAAUCUAGCUAGGUCAACCGCAUGUGGAUAUUGUUUCGAAAAUAGUACACGACCAGGUUGUAACAACGCCGCAUGCUAUAACCUUGUUGGAAAUCCAUCUAUGGAUUUUAUGUCCAGUAACGGUGAAAUUGCCGAGGAUGUUUUGUCCAUCCAAUCCAUUAGUGGAUCCAUUCCAGGUCCUGUUGCAACUGUGCCAAGGUUUAUCUUCAGCUGUUCGACUACCAAUUUAACCCAAAAUCUUGGUAAACAUGUGAAGGGAAUGGUUGGUUUCGGGCAGCAGACUCCAGUAUCAUUUGCUACUCAAUUUGCAUCAGCUUUUAGAUUCAGCAGAAAGUUUGCCAUUUGCUUGAGUUCAUCAACUGAACGAAAUGGUGUAAUUUUCAUUGGACAUAGCCCUUAUUACUUCAGCCUUGCCUUUGACGCAUCACAAGAUCUUAUCUAUACACCUAUCGUUACCCUCCCACGUUAUAUUGCCAUUACCUACCCACAUUAUACACGCAUCAAUCGGGCCUCAUCAGAGUAUUAUAUUCAAGUUUCAUCCAUUAGAAUUAAUGGAAAAACUUUGCCCCUAAAUAAAACAUUGCUCUCGUUGGAUGAAAAUAAUGAAGAAGGAGGGACGAAAAUCAGCACUGCCGUUCCUUACACUGUAUUGGAGGCUUCCGUUUAUAGUGCUGUAAGUAAACCUUUCGUUAACGAGAUGCCAGAAGAGGUGAAAACAGUCUCCCCAGUGCAACCCUUUAAAACUUGUUUUGACUCGACGUAUAUUGGUAUGUCACGGUUAGGUUACAAUGCUCCAGAAAUUAAUCUCGUCUUGCACAAGCCAAAUGUGUAUUGGACAAUUACUGGAGCGAAUUCGUUAGUAAAAGUUACCGAGAAAGUCAUAUGCCUAGCCUUUGUUGAACGAGACCAAGCAUUGGGACAAGCAAUUGUCAUUGGUGGAUAUCAAAUGCAGGACAACCUCGUGGAAUUUGAUCUUUCUAGAGGAAGAAUUGGUUUCAGUAAUUCUCUCUUUUUCCGUCAAACUAUGUGCUCAAAUCACAAUUAUGCUUAGAAAAUUGACAUUUGCGCUCGUUGAUUUAAUGGUGGAACAGACUUACUAAGGAAAGAGCUCAUUUUAUCUUUCUUAAUUAUUCAAUAAUCUUCAUACGUACUUUGAUGAUCUUAUACAUCACGACUUACUGCAAGAUGAAGUUGCUUUUCCAAUAAGGUAAUAUUAUCAUAUAGCUGUGUGCCAUAUGAAGUAGAUUAACAUCUCCGCAUUCUUAUCAAAGAAAUUUGUAUUCAAGUUAAUUAUUAGA